AUAAACAAAAAGGAAGGAAGCCUUCGGCCAUACAAUCGCGGCAAAAAUCGGUUCAAAAUUCUAACCUCCAAGCCACAGUUAGCAACUACAUGUGCCCCUUGUAUUGUUUAGAUAUUUAUUUAUAGGGGGUUACGAUCAUGGACGAGGCUGUAGUGUUUCGUAUGAGUGCAUUUUCGGAGCAAGGAGGGAGGAAAUACAUGGAGGAUGUUGUCGAGAUAAGAAUCGAGUACGAGCCGACGCCGUCGUCAGUCGAAGACUACCAAAAGUCUCAAAGGCAAGGGGGACAAGAAAAAUCGGAGAGUGAAUCCACCAAACAGACUGAAAAUGAGACACACGAGCACAGCGUUGAUGCCGAAUCGGGUCCGGCUUCUGCUAUGUGGGUAGAGAGUCUAUCAGACGAGGGCAGCGGCAACAACAGUGCACCGGUAUCAGACGAGAAAGUCGCAGAGCAUGAAGUCGACACUCGGAGGUCUGUGGCUUUCUUCGCCGUGUUUGAUGGUCACGGGGGUCGGGAGGCUGCACAUUUUGCGAGAGAAAAUCUGUGGGAACUGUUGAAAAGACAGAGGGGGUUUUGGUCCAAAGAUCACAGUGAAGUGUGCGCUGCUCUCAAGAAGGGCUUCAUCGCCUGUCACCAUGCAAUGUGGAAAGAGCUACCGGAGUGGCCAAAGACCAUUACGGGUCUGCCCAGUACUUCGGGCACCACAGCCAGUGUGAUUGUGAUCCGUGGAGUUCAAAUGUACGUUGCUCACGUGGGGGAUUCAGCAGUAGUGGUUGGAGUACAAGAAAAUGACUCUGAUAUCACGCUCCAGGCACUAGAAGUAACACAAGACCACAAACCUGAACUUCCAAAGGAAAAAGAAAGGAUUGAACGACUUGGUGGCAGUGUAAUGAAGAAAUCUGGGGUGAAUCGUGUCGUGUGGAAGAGGCCCAGACUGACACAUAACGGACCUGUGAGGAGGAGUACCGUCAUCGACCAGAUCCCCUUUCUGGCUGUGGCUCGAUCACUUGGUGACCUGUGGAGCUACGAUUUCUACAGUGGUGAGUUUGUGGUUUCUCCCGAGCCUGACACUACUGUCAUGACCCUCGAUCCCAAACGGCAUCGCUACAUCAUCCUUGGCAGUGACGGACUCUGGAAUAUGAUGCCACCCAAGAACGCUGUCAAUAUGUGUUAUAGCCACGACAAAAUGGUGGGACCAAAGGGGAUGUCUUGCGCCCGGCGACUUGGGUGCACAGCUCUUUUGUUCUGGAAAGAGCGCAUGCUCCGAGCAGACAACACAACAGUCAUUGUCUUGGCUCUGCAGGAGCGAGACGGCCCUCCUAUCCCUAUGCACCGAGAUGAGAUCGUUGUUGACAUGGCCACAGGAAUUGACCACGUUCCAUACCCGGGAACUACUUAUAACACCUGUGAGGUCCCAAAGGCGGAGCAUGAGGAUGACAUGUUUUAUGAAGAAGAUGAGAUAUAUGGAGAAGAACAUGAGGGAUGGCCAUGCCUGGAGUGGUAGUGAGAGUGAUGCAGUGAGCGCUCCCUCUCCGUUCAAAGACAGCUCCACAGCUCUAGAGCAGGCGUUUGGGCUGUAUGAAGCAGCCUUCUGUGCCACUGCACAGCUUUCACCUGAUGUCGAAUCUGUUAGGGCCACACUGCCCUCAUCAGACGGUCCUGUGAAUGUUUUUGAAAAACAAGACUCCACUACUCAAAUGGACUGUGUUACACCCGCCCCUCCGUUAAAAAGGUCUCGCCGUUCCCCACUCUCUCAGCCUGAACUAGGAGGUCAUCGGCGCCGGCUCAGCCGGUCCUCCAGCAUAAGUGUCCCCCAGGAGGCACCUGAUAGCAACGCACCAAGUCAACAAUCCAGUCAAAGAGGCUCAUCUGAGGAUUGUAAUAUCCUACCACAGCACUGCAGCUCUGCCUUGUGCGUGUGCUGAAUCCUGUCUCAUAGAAACAGUGUUUUUGCCCUGAGACUAGGAGGAUAAUUCGGGUCAACUUUGGUGUACCACAGGCCAGUUCCUAGAUGUAUACUUUUUCUACAGAGGUCUUGGUUUUGUAAAUACUGCAGAAAUUUGAGAUUGUAAAUGUGUUGCUGUUUUAACCUGUUUUCUUUUCUUUUUGCUGCCCCUCUCUUUAAAUUUUAAUGUUUGCAGAAAUUUUAAAUUUUAGAUCUGUUCAAUCUAAACAUUCUAUUUUCAUACUUUAAAGUAUGUAUAGUAUAUCCAAAAGACAUAUUUUAAAAGAGAUAGCUCACUACAAUCUGAGAAAGCUACAGUUUACAUGAAUUGUGACACAAACAACCUUCCAGUAAUUAUAUAUCAAAUAAAUCAACUAUUUUAGAUCAUUUUGACUCCCCUGGAUUGGAGUAAAUACCCCAGACGAGUCGUUUGGAGUCAUCUCUCUUUGAGUGUCAUCUUUAAUGAGGAGCCUUUAUUAGAGGUAAUACUAAAAGUGGGAAAAAGAUGACAAGCGAUGCUCUGGGGCUAUUAUCGGGGACUGAUUUUAUGCCCAUGUUAUUUAUGUUUUUACCUGUGGCAAAACAUCAUGAACAUAGUUGCUCCUAUAAGCUAAACCGUGUAUGUUAUGCAUAGUAUUUGAGGAAGCAUUAAAUGGCCAGUUCACUGAAAUGUCAUUAUUUACUCAAAUUUCCUGAAAGAGAAAAAGAUAGCAAAAUGUUUUAUUUUAUUUACCAUAGUGGUAUAUAUCCAUGUAGAUACUGUAUGUAUGCUUUAUUAGUGAACUGACCCUCUAACUGCACCUUGCUGGUGAUUCAUAUUGAUCCAUUUUCAUGUAUAAUUUGGCCAAAUACUGUUAUUUUCAUUUUCAAUACUUUGCUUAUCCAGAAAUACAUUAAUAAGUGGUACAAUCAAAAGCACGGGUUUCUGGGUCAGUCAUAAACGAUACCUGUGCCUCAUUAUAAAGAUUUUUGGAGGCAGCUUUGACCUUUAUUUGAAUAGGUCUUCCUCUUUGUUUUCAUAUGUUGUUGUCUUGUGUGUGGUUUGCAUCCAUAACCUGUGUUUUAAUCUGCACAUAAAACACAUUAUGGUACGUCUA